AUGGAGCGAGUACUUGCAAGACGUCUUGUGAGUUUAGUUCCAGAAAGCCAAACUGGUUUAGAGCGCCUUAUUGAUAAAAAGAAAAAGUCAUAUGAUCUUCAGCUCGAGUUAGAUGCGAAAAAACGUGAUCAUGAACUUAAAAUGAAAAGGUACAAAGCGAAAGCAGAAGAGAUUGAAGAAAGAAACCUUGAAAAUCAGAGGGAAGUUGUUGCAAAUGAUGCAUAUGUUAGAGAUAACUGUAAUAAGAGGAUGAGAGAAGAAGAAAGACUUAACUUAGAAAAGAAAGCAGUUGAAUCUAAACAAAAAGAACUCGAAAAAUUAAAAGAAGAGCUUGAAGAACUCAAUCACCAUGAAGAAGAAAUCAAAACGCAAUUAGAAACAACUCUACCUUAUAAAAGUUACUUAGAUACUGUCUAUGAUGCUGCUCCAGAAUUAUUUAGCAGAUCAGGCGUCAGUGAAGUCCAAGGUAUCGUUAACAAAUAUGAAACUCUUAAAGAAUGGAGAGGAACUCUUCAAGUCAGACUACAGCGAUCAAAGAAAGAGCUUCAAAAGCUCCAAGAUGCAAUUAAAAUGUAUGACGAAUCCUCAACAUCGAGUACAGUUGAAAUUGAUUAUCAAAUUAAGAAGAUUUCACAAGCACAAGAUGCUGCUUUUAAAGAAUUUGGUCAUGAAAGGCACUCACAAGAACUUGUUGCAAUUCAAAGCAGAUUAAAAGGUCAAGAAUGUGCAUUAAUCAGACUUUCAAUUGAUAACAUGUAUAAAAUUGUUUCAGAUAUUAAUGAGAAGACAUUUCUGCGAGGAGAGCGACAAGCAAAAACAUUGGAAGAGAAAUUUGAUCAAAUUGCUAUUGUUAUUGGAGAUAUGCUUGAUAUCAGAAAUUCUACAAAGAAUUAUAAGCUCCCGUCAAAGCAGCAAUUGCCUGGAAUUUCUAGUAGACGUCAUACUUCAAAAUUGUAA